GCCGAGCCGCCCGCCAUGCGGCCGCCGCUCUACCGCUGCCACAACACCACCUCGGUGGAGAAGGGCAACUCGGCGACGAUGGGCGCGGUGCUCUUCAGCGCAGGUCUCCUGGGCAACCUGCUGGCCCUGGGGCUGCUGGCGCGCUCCGGGCUGGGCUCGUGCCGGCCGCGCCCGCCGCCCUCGGUCUUCUGCGUGCUGGUGUGCGGCCUGACGGUCACAGACUUGCUGGGCAAGUCCCUCGUGAGCCCUUUCGUGCUGGCCGCCUACGCGCAGAACCGGAGCCUGUGGGGACUGGCGCCCGCGUCGGGCAGCUCGCUGUGCCAAGCCUUCGCCUUCUUCAUGUCCUUCUUUGGGCUCGCCUCGACGCUGCAGCUCCUGGCCAUGGCCCUGGAGUGCUGGCUGUCUUUGGGGCACCCCUUCUUCUACCGACGGCACAUCACCCUGCGCCGCGGCGCGCUCGUGGCGCCCAUCGUGGGCGCCUUCUGCCUGGUUUUCUGCGCGCUGCCCUUCGCGGGCUUCGGGAAGUUCGUGCAGUACUGUCCUGGCACCUGGUGCUUCAUCCAGAUGAUGCACGAGGAGCGCUCGUGGUCGGUGCUGGGCUACUCAGCGCUCUACGCCAGCCUCAUGGCGCUGCUGGUCCUCGCCAUCGUGCUGUGCAACUUGAGCGCCAUGCGCAACCUCUACGCCAUGCACCGGCGGCUGCGGCAGCGCCCGCGCUCGGGCGCCCGGGACCGCGCGGAGCCGGGCGCGGACGAGAGGGACGCGGCGGCGCAGCCCCUGGAGGAGCUGGACCACCUGCUGCUGCUGGCCCUCAUGACCGUGCUCUUCACUAUGUGCUCCCUGCCUUUAAUAUAUCGUGCUUACUAUGGAGCAUUUAAAACUGUCCAUGAGAAAGAUGGAAACACUGAAGAAGUGGAAGACCUCCGAGCCUUGCGUUUUCUAUCUGUAAUCUCCAUUGUGGAUCCUUGGAUUUUCAUAAUUUUCAGAACACCAGUAUUUCGGAUGUUUUUCCACAAGAUUUUCAUAAGGCCUCUUAUGUACAGAAACUGGCCGAGCAAUUCGUGCCGAACGAACAUGGAGUCCAGUCUGUAACAGUGUUUUACCAUCUAGUCUCUGGUAAACUGAGGAAUACGAAUACGUUAUACUUUGUGUCAAAGAACCAUGAUUAAAAAAAAAAAAGAAACAACUUAAAAUUUAAAAGUUAUCUCCUAUAACAAAGCAUCUAAAUGUAUUUUCAAAACUAUUUGAUAGCUGGUAACAUCUUUAACAAUGUGUGGUCACUCUAUAUUCAUGAGCCCGUUCAGUAGAUGUUUUCAUUUCGAGUUGUCAACAGCAACUACAAUUUCACAUAUUGUAACCAAUGUUAAAAGUCUUAAAGCAAUGAUACUUUUUGUUCCAACAUUUGUGCUUGGUGUCCCUAAAUUUUAGAGAGGCCUAGAGACCUCUAGGUCUUUAUUCAGAUCCAACAGAAACACCACUGUUUACAGUUAUGCGAGGUGUAUUCUUAAAAUUUCCUACCCUAUUCAUUUCUAGUGAAACUUGAUUUAUUUUGUAGCAUAAUAGCCUGAAUUAUAGAUGCUCCACAGAGAAGUGAGGUGGGAAAUAUAGCCAGGUCAGGGUUUGGUGAGACCUUCCCCAGCCACCCUUUGGAGGAGGCCCAUGUAGGGAGGCAAUCCAUAAAUAAGCAGAUGCAAGGCAAGGUGUGAGUAUGGCCCACAACCCAGAGAAGAAAAAUUAGUCUUUAUCUUUUGAAGUCUAGUUUCUUGUGUGUUAGGGCAGGCAUCAAAAUUUGGGAGUGGGUUACAAAAUGUUUCGAUUUUUGGAAACUUCAUUUUAUAGGUUUAUCAUAUUGAUGGAUUCUUUGCAGGAGGAGUUCAUGCUUCUUUUGAAAAACAGUGAUGUAUGACUUAUCAGAGCGUCAUGUUUACCGCAUUUUUCUGUGUGAAGCAGCAGGGCAUUCAGCACAGAGCAAAGUCCACCCAGGACUCAGUCAGCCUUAAUUGAGGAUGGUAGCAACAACCUCAAUGACUACCUGUUAACAGCCAUAUUCAGCUUUUUGUGGAAACAUAAUAAGUAAGAUUAUGUUGAGGUUCCUGAGAGCUAUGCUUUCAAAACCAGAGCAGGAUGUGGCUCAGAUGUAGCACAACUGAGCACUUUAAUUGUACAUUUAAAUGUUUACAGAGGUUAGCAACACUAUGACCAAAAGGGGAAAGUGGGGAAAACACAACUGCAGCUAAUAAACCAAACAAGAAACUCUAAACCCAGCUUGUAGGUAAGAACGUUCACCUUUGGUAAAAGAACACACGGGAAUGUUAGAGAGGUUUCAGCCCGUCUGAGAUCUCCUUGUACUCCAGCACACUCAAAGACUCUGAGCUGGAGAGCUGGCUACAUUUGAAUAGUCCCAGGACCUCCAUUCAACCAUCCCUUCCAGAGACAAGAAUAUUUGUCGUAUUUCCAUCUUAGCAGCAACCCCAUUUUCAACCUCUGAUUUAUCUCACAGAUGUAUUAACCUAGAUAGAUAUGUGUGUGUGUGUGUUUGUGUGGUAUAGCAAAACUGUGAAAUGGCCAAAUUAGGAAUAUACAAGUUGUAAUUUUAGAGUAUAACAUGACAAAAAUGGAUUUGUUUUCAAGUGUAACGUUCAUUUGUGUAUUUAAUGUGUAAAUAUAAUACGUGUUCUAUUGUCAGAGGAAGUACUUCUUUUUUUGUGUUUUCCUUUUGGAAAAUAUGUAUGAUAAUUGUCGAGCCAAUUUGAUAAGUUCUCAGAUGAAUCAAUAAAAAUAAUUUUAUAGUA